AUGUACGGAUCCGGACCAGUAAACUGUGCCCAGUGGGGAUUGCCUGAAGAUGAGGUGACGUCAAUGAAACACUAUUUUCUGUUCAGGGGAUUGAGUGCAACUUCAAAAACGUUUGAAAAUGAAAUAAAACAGGAUACCACUGCAAAAUCUUUUAGAGCAGACAAAAUAGCAGACCAACUCUUAUCUUACUGUACUAACUUUAACAUCUUGUCCCUGAAAGAUUUUUGGAGCUUUCUCGAACAAACAAUAUUUUCAGAACUAGAGGGGGAUCAACAAGAGGUGGCCAAUAGACUUUACAAUCGUCUGCUCAAGUUGUACAUUGUAUAUGCAUGUAGAGCUAGCAGGAGCGAUAAAGUUUUCGAGUUUUUUGAUAAAAUGUCUACACACAUCACUAAUAAUAAUAACUCUGAAUGGACUGACUGGCCUGCAUUGCUGAAUUACAACAAUGACUUCUAUAGGAUGAGUUCCUUAGAGCUUGAAAAUGCUACUCUGAAGUUAAGAUUAGAAAAUUUGCUCAAAAACAAGCCACAAGUUCAACAGAUACGACAACAACAACAACAAUGUGCCAAUAAUAUUGAUGCUGAUUUCAAUGUGCUGGAUGAUUUUUAUGACCUUAAUAGACCACAGCAGUUAAUGUUAGCAGAUGGCACCUUGAUGACGACCUCGACGGCGGCACCGACCACGAGGAAUUCACUGUCAACAUUGAUCAGAAACUUUACUUCUCCGUCGAUCAAUAGUGCUUCCUCCGACAGAAAAGUCGAAAAAAAAUCGACUGCAUCGACGUUUGGAGCCUCAGCGGCGGCCACAGUAGCGUCAUUUACGUCUACAAUGACGUCAUCACCAGCUGCAACUGCAACAACAACAGCCAAAUUAGCAAUGGCGUCAGUUAGUUCAUUCAGUUCUUUUUUUACUGCUUCUUCAUCUUUGAUGGGUCCACAAACGCCAGCUACUGCAUCGAUCAUCGAAAACCACACAAAAACUUCUACUACUACCGUAACCGCUUCUGCUGCUGCUACUGCCACUGCCAUUAACACUACUCAGAAACCACAACAACAUUUGACAACGACGCCAGGAAAUAAUUUAACGUGGUCUGCAUUUGAUUGUAUGCCUACUUCAUCAUCUCCAAGUUAUGCUUCUCAUUGUGUUGGCUCUUUAAAAACCGACACACCAGUAGCUACAACGACGAUGAUGACGUCAUUAAAAACUACAACAACAACGACAAAUUAUGACGUCAAUAAACCUCCAUCUUUGAGCUGUUGCUAUGAAGAAGAUGAGGAUGACAUUGUUGACGCUGGUGGUGAUAUUAAUGAAAUUGCAAAGAUAAAUUAUAAAGUUGUCAGGAGGGAUGACUUCACUGAACAUACUGCCCCCAUCGUUUCUUGCAGACUGAGCUAUGGAGGAAAAUCGGUCGCUAGCCUCGAUGCUGAAGGAGUUAUGAAGAUUUGGACCAAUCAGCCAACGAUUCAGACUAGAGCCAGCACAAUGUCCAAGUCCAUUCUAACUUCUUUGGAAUGGCUUUCAACAUCCGGAAGAUACCUCUUGCUGGGAUCAAGAGUAGGCAGUAUCAGGAUAUUCGAUUCCAGAGAUAGGCUGGUCAUCAGAGAGCUCAAUGUCGACUCUAAUUAUCCCAAGACCGUCUGCAUAUCCAGCAGUCCGCAUGGAACAACUUUUGUGACGUCAUCGUCCGGAAGGUUGAUCAGCAGCAGCAGCAGCAGUAGUUUUACGCUACCAUCGCAACAUCAACCGCAACAGCCACUCAAACAAUUGAAAACUGGAAAAUUAACUGUUUGGGAUUUGAAAGAUGACGUCAAGCAAGAUAGAGCCUUGCCCAUCUCUCCUGGACCGGUCAUGAUCAGUUGCAUGACGCACAGCCUCGGUGGCAGUUUGUUGCUGUGCGGUGGCGUUGAUGGCUUCGUCAGGGUCUACGACAUGCGCGUGUACAACUGCGUCCUGCAGUGGCAGACGACUAAUCAUGACGUCACCGGUGUUUCCUUUGCCGGAAAUGAUAAUGCCUGUUACGUCACGGACAGCCUUGGCCUGUUCUCAAAGUGGUCUCUAUCAAACAUCAGCAUGAAGAUCUUUGAACAGAGCGUCGACAAAUUUAACAGUUUAAACGGCCGAAAGUCCAAUUCUUAUAAUUGUUGGCGGUCCUUCGUUUUGAAUGAAAGCUCAAGCCAUGCUCUGAUCUGCCAUGGUCCCAAUGCUGCCGUAUAUAUGAUAAAUGAAAAUGGCUUGAAAGAAGAGCUACCAUUAAGUGAUCAAGUUGAUGACAUCGUCUGCGUUGAUUGGUCGGAAACCAGGUCAACCAACAACCUAAUUACGGCCACAAGCAAGGGAAAUAUACAGAUCUAUCAGUUGAAGAUGAUCUGAUAAGGCUUCGGUUGUGAAUUACAAAUUUAUUUGCCAUUUUAAAAUUAUUUGAUUUAAUUAGCAUUUGAAUUAAUAACUUUAUUUUUUUUUGUAUUUUAUUGCUUAUGAAUUCAUGGAACUAGGUAAUGUACUAUUCAAUAUGGGUGUGUCCAUGAUGUAUGAAAUAUUAUUGCAUAUAUAGUUUAUUCAAUUGUUGUAUAUUUAUGUAACGUAUCGUUUCUCUAAUAUUUCAUGAAGUUUCUGAUCUGCAAAUGUUUGACACUCAUAUGGUUAAUUCUUUCGUUUUGUUAUUUCGUUGUUUAAAUGAAUGAAAUUAUUUUUUUUUAAUGUUGAAAAUCAUCGAUUUACAUUCGC